GGGGUGGCGGGUGGGAGGUGGGCAGCGCCUGCAGAGGCACUGAGUGUUUCCCCGGCUGUGAGCAUCAGGGAAACAAACCCCGAAUCCCAAAAAGCUUGGGGGCAAUGCGGGAUGCGCUGGGCUCAGCGCAAAGGCCGUCCCUGUGCCCCCAGCUGUAGGGCUGUGGCCGGUAUCCCGUUUUGUCCCUGGGAAGGAGGGGGGCUGCGAUGGCCGAGUGCUUCCAUUUAUACCCAGCUCACCCCAUCUGAUGCUUUCCCAACCAGAGGUAUCAGCGGGGUUGGGGGGGGGGGCUUGGCCACGGCAAAGUCGGUGUUUGAGUUCUGCCGACCUGCGGGGUGACAGCCAGACCCGUGGGGAUGUCCCAGCCCUCCGUGGAGAGCGGAGAGAGGUUCGGGUUCUGCUUUGAGGUGUGCGGCUCCGACCCCGCUCCCUGGAGAUGCAGCCAUCCUCUCCCUCGCCAUCGAUAAAUGCUGGUUGCGGGGUGUCCCAAAGCCACAGCUCUGCGAUGGAGACGUCCGACCCCGGGGGGAUGCGGUGCGUCCGGGAGCCGCGUGUGAUGUGCUGUCCCGGCGGGGAAAUGCAUCCUGAAUGGGGCUGAGCCCCCCUGCACGGGAAUAUGCAGCGUCGGCGCCGCGGGAGCAGCACUGGGGCAGCGGCCGGCGGCCGGCGGUAUGGUGGCAACCUUCAAGAUCGCCGUGCUGGGAGCCCAGGGCGUGGGCAAGAGUGCCAUAGUCCGGCAGUUCCUCUACAACGAGUUCAGCGAGGUCUGUGUGCCCACCACGGCCCGCCGCGUCUACCUGCCCGCCGUCGUCAUGAACGGCCACGUGCACGACCUGCAGAUCAUGGAUUUUCCGCCCAUCCCCGCCUUCCCCGUCAACACCCUGCAGGAGUGGGCAGACGUGUGUUGCAGGGGGCUCCGGAGCGUCCAUGCCUACAUCCUGGUCUAUGACAUCUGUUGCUUUGACAGCUUCGAGUACAUCAAAACCAUCCGCCAGCAGAUCCUGGAAACAAGGGUCAUCGGCACCUCGGAGACUCCCAUCAUCAUCGUGGGCAACAAACGGGACCUGCAACGGGGCCGGGUGAUCCCGCGCUGGAACGUCUCCAACCUGGUGAAGAAGACGUGGAAGUGCGGCUACAUCGAGUGCUCGGCCAAAUACAACUGGCACAUCCUGCUGCUCUUCAGUGAGCUCCUGAAGAGCGUGGGCUGUGCCCGCUGCAAGCACGUCCACACCACCAUUCGCUUCCAGGGGGCCCUGCGCAGGAACCGAUGCACCAUCAUGUGAGCCCCCCGUGCCACUGUGCCCCCACAGGACACCCGUUUCCAUUGGGGUGAUGCUGCACUGGGGACACCUCAGUCGUCUCUUCCCUGUGAUGACUUCUGGGGAAGCAGUGACCGCUGUUGGGUUGGACCGGGGUGGGGAUGCCACAGUUGUCCAUUGAGUCCCAAUGGGCUCUGCUUCUCUGCACAACAGAGCUGCUGGCGGGCAGCCAUGCUGUCCCACAAACCUCACGUCCCCACAUUAGGGUUUCUCACUGCAUCACCUCCAUGGGCUCCUGCUGCUCUGUGCCCAUCCUGGGCAGUCCAGUUUGAUUCUCCUUCCCCAAAAGUGCUCUUUCCACUCCUACCAGCUUCCUUUCCUCCAAGCUCAUCCUCUCCCCAUAUGUCCCAGCCCCACAGAGGCUGUGCUGGACAUACCCUUGGUUUCAGGGGCAAAGCUGCUGCCGUGAACGCUGGGCACAGCUCAGCAUCUCAAAUACAGAUCCAGGCUGGAUUUGGCCCCAGCAGGGCCUCCCAUAGGGGAAGGUGGCAUCCAUCCAUCCAUCCAUCCAUCCAUCCAUCCAUCCAUCCACCCACCCAUCCACUCACCCAUCCAUCCAAAUGGAGAUGGUUCCCAUGCAAAGGCAGUCUCUGAAGCAAUAGGGAGCUGGAGGUGCAUUUCCAUCCUUCUUUUCCUUCAUUCUAUGCACACUCCUAAUGGGAAAGCGAGCCUCUUUUUUUCUUUUCUUUCUUUCUUUCUUACUUUAUUUAUUUAGAGUUAAUCUUUUGGCUUGCUCCCAUUGUCGGGUCAUCUGCAUCUGUCCUGGAGCCUGGCACAGUGGUUGCUGGGGUAUAAAUGGCACAGGGAUCUGUGGGUUGUCCCUCUGUGGAUUGGGGACACUAAAGCAGGAACCAACCAAAACCCACUAUCUCCUGACAGCUUUCACUUCCCAGGAGCUUCACUGCUAUCCUGGUAACACUUUCUAUUAAGAGUCCUCCUCACCGAGCUCCAAUCCUUGGCAUUCAGUGCAGCCCCGCAUCCCUGCCAUCGGCCCCCGCUCUGUCCCUGCCAUUGGUCCCCAUGUCCCCACCACUGGUUCCCACUCCUAGCAGCCACCUUGGGAACCAAAACCCAUCCCCUUGCCUCCCAAAACAAAAUACAAAUAAACCAAAAUCAGGAAAGUUGGCAGGAGGGAGCCUGUGGCCAAGAGCUGGGGGAGAGGAUGAGCGUGGCCGAGGAAGGCAGCAGCUCCCAUCACCCCCACAGCAAACCCUCUGUGCAUCUCCUUGGGGUUUGUCAGUGCACACGACCUAUAUUUCGGCCUUUCACUGGCUUUACCCCUCCAAAUGGUUUGAGAAGGAAACUCCUUGGUAAAUGCCACUAAUAAAGCAUUUAUACAGUGCUCCAACACACACAUAUCAGUGACCAAGCCAAUACAUUGUUUGUUACAACCCUGUAGCCUGCAGUUUAUAGCACAAUUAGUUACAGGUUUUUAUAGCAUCUAUUUAGUAUUUUGAAGAGAAAAAAAAAAAGUUAUAAAUAUAAUUGUUAUAUUAUAUUGUAUUUUAUAGACAGAAAAGCUGUAUCAGUAAUAAUGACUCUCACCGCUUUGGCAGCAUUACCCCGCUCCCCAAAAACAUGGGCAGGGGGCUGGCAGCCAACAGGGGCCAGGACAUCCCCAUCCACAGCACUAAUGGAGCUCCAUUGUCCUCCCCAUAAACAAACCCUUAGUAUGAAGUGUUACCACUCGCCAGCCGUCGCCGUGGGUUUCCUACCUGGAUCUAUGCCUACUGCAGAAGCAACCCGCUCCCAUCCCGGGGGUUGGGGAUGUCCCCAGCCGUCCCCAAGGGAAGCAGGAAGGAAGAUGCCAUUUUCUGCCCCAGUACUUGGUGACCAAGUGGUGACAUGGGGCUGGGUGCAGCGCUGAUGAGAAUGCUCCUCUUCUCCUCCUCUCCUCCCACUUCGGUGAGCAUCGUGGUGCCUGGACAUGGCAUUCUCUUCCCCAUGGACUUCUUAUUGGAGAUCCCCAGGUGUCCACACCACCCUGCGCCCCUUUAUUUGGAACCCAAUUAAAAUCAGGUCUGUCCCCUUUGUUCUGUACUCGCCUUGCUGCUCCUUGCUCACAGUGCCGGACUCUGCAGCUCUACAACAGCCCCCAAACCCUCUGGGUCUUCUUCCAUCACCCACCCAGAAGAGCCACUGGUACAAAGGUUUGGGAGAGCUCAACUGUAAGAGCACCAGUGGCCAUUGCCUUGGUGAGGCAGUGAUCAACAUUAUGAGCUCCAUCCUUGCUGGAACAGCCCCCAGCCAUGGAAAUGCCAACACAGAGGUUUGACAAUGGCACAGAAAUGGUGCCCAUGUGUCCCCCUGCCCUGAGCAGCUCAUGGGGUUGGGUGGGACUUUGGGUGAGGCAUGAGCAACGUUGGUUCCAUUAUGCAGAUGGGGAAGACUGAAGAGCGGGGUAAUUGGCUUGGUUGAAUGCCAGAUAAGGGGAUCAGCAUCGCAACCUUGGCAUGGCA